AUGAGUCCAGUUACUCCGCAUCCAACGGAAGAACAGCAGCCAUCGUUAGUGUCGCCUAGAUUUACGAAUCUGGGAGAACGGAGGAAUACAGAAAUGCUCAAUACGGGAGGGUCUCCGCAGUCAGUUGCGAUAGGCUCUCAAGCGACAUCUCCAGUUAACAAACCUGCAAGUCCUCCGGUAAGCAUAACGAAGUCUAUUAUGAACGCCAGCGGUACUUCAGGUGCGGUAAUAAGCAAUACUCCUGCGUCUGGUUUGAAAAGGGUGCCCACUGUGACGUUUACGGAUGCGAAACAUGCUAUUCUCAAGCAACAGGCUACUGCAGAACAAACGUCUGCGCUGUUGAACAGCCUGAAUAACCAGGGUAGCAAGAAGGCGGCGCAUUCUCCGCCAGGGUCGGACAAGGCGAGCUCGCCCCCUCCAAUGGAGCUUUAUGCUAAUAGCAACAAGCAUUCACAGCAGCAUAUGGCAGCAGCAGCGUUUGCGGCAGCGACGGCGGCAGCCGAUGCUGCCAGGCAAAAGGGCCAGUCGGGUGUAAGUACAGGAGGAUUAGGCGAUGCCAGGCUUCCAGAAGACGCAAGAGCAAGGAAAAACAUCGUUAGUAAUGGGGAGCGUGGGCCAGCAGCAGAGGGCGAGACAGUGGUGACGCCAGUAGAAGCCUCCGAUGUUAGGGAAGGCGUGGAAAAGAUGAACAUUGGCACUCCAAAGCACGAUAGCGAGCAGCACCCUCACUUUGUAGUGAAUGACGAACUACACUCUCCUAAAUUUAAGGCAAGAUCGAGAUCGAAUAGCGUGUCUCCGAUGCCGACUGUUGCUGCCCAAGGGAACCAGGCACCCCAGUUCAAACUCAACGAGACGUCAAUCCCAGAGAACGAGCAGUUAGACUCCGGGGGCGAGCCUCCAAUCGAAAUUGCGCAGAUCGUGGCGCCCAAUAUUCCCAAGAGAGAAGCAGCAAAGAACGUCGACCCUAGACUACCACAGGACGACGGCAAACUACAUAUUCUAUUUGGAGCAACGGGUUCGUUGUCCGUGUUGAAAAUCAAGUCUAUGAUCAAAAAGCUAGAGGAGAUAUAUGGUAGAGACAGAGUCUCCAUCCAAGUAAUAUUAACCCAUGCGGCUGCCCAAUUCUUCGCCAACAGAACGUUGAGCAAAAAGAAGGGUUCGCUGUCGGGACAUCCACAUAGCUAUGCUGCUGCUGCUGCGGGCGUUGCCUCGACACCAUCUCCAGCAGCAGGAGCAGCAGGAACAUCAGGAGCAGGAACUGGAGCUGGAGACGGAGUGGGGCCAACCUCGGGCCAACUUCUAUCACAGCCUCUGGGACAAACAUCAUCGAACCCAGCAACAUCGUCCCCGCUAUCCCACGACGCACACCUCACAUCAAACGACACACUCGCAGGCCAGGACGCCAAGGCCGCCACCGAUGGAAACGCCAUCUCCACUGCCGCCAAGAUCGAGCUCCCUUCGCACAUCCAGGUCUGGACCGACCAAGACGAGUGGGACGCAUGGAAACAGAGAACAGACCCAGUGCUCCACAUCGAACUUCGCCGCUGGGCCGACAUCCUAGUCGUGGCCCCUCUCACGGCCAACACCCUUUCCAAGAUCGCAUUGGGUCUCUGCGACAACUUGUUAACCAGCGUCAUCAGAGCCUGGAACCCACUGUUCCCCAUUUUCCUAGCACCUUCAAUGGUCAGCAACAGUUUCAACUCCUCCAUUACCAAGAGACAUCUAAACAUGAUCAAGGAGGAGAUGCCGUGGAUCACCGUCUUCAAGCCCUCAGAGAAGGUCGUCGGAAUAUACGGUGACAUAGGGCUCGGAGGUAUGAUGGACGGUAACGAAAUCGUUGACAAAGUGGUUAUGAAACUAGGCGGAUAUCCUGAAGAUGAAAACCAAGAAGAAGAGGGCGAGGACGAAGACGAAGACGAGGACGAGGAAGACGACGAGGAUCCCUCCGACAAAAAGAACAAUGAAGAGGACGACGACGACGAUGAUGAUGAUGACGAUGAUGAUGACGAUGAUGACGAUGACGAUGAUGACGAUGACGAUGACGAUUUAAUCGACAUCGACGACGUCAAGAGUCUACAUGAAACGGGCCCAUCAGCAUCGGCAUAA